AUUUCCCAUUCGUCCGUCGGUUGGUGUAAGUGUCCGGACGGACAGGUCUUGGUGCAGACGAGGAUGCACAUUCGGGAACAUAUAUAGCAGUACUCAACCGACGUAACCGAUCAGGAGCACAUCGAAGCAUCGAAGGAAAACCGGAAGAACGGAGCAGCAUCAGCAUCAGCAGCAGCAGCAGCGGAAAGUGGUGCUCCUUCGUGAGUGUGCUUGUGCCAGAGGAUGCCACUGGAUACGCUGACCCUUGCCGGCGAGUAACAGACCAACAACGGAGCCCGGACAACGUAACAACACUCACAGCACGCCACGUUGACCACGCUCUACGCCGCUCAGCAUCAUCGACAACUAACGCGCUCCGUAGACCGUAGUCCGGCCGGUUGCGGUCCAGUCCAGUCCGGUGCUAGGUGCAAAUUAUUCACCGAAGCCGGAUCAUCGAAGCCACUGGCAGGCAGGCAGGCUGGCCACGCUGGGCACGCGUCGUUGGUAUGGGCCGAUCACCGUUCUACGAUGAUCCGGUGGAGAUGUGGCUCUGGUCUUCGGUUGAACCUUCGGUCCAGUUCGUGCGCCUUCCCUCCACCAGCCCGAUCGGCUCGUCUACCGUACUCGGUCCGCUACCGAAGACGAUGAUGCUGCCACUCGAUCCGGUCACCGGUGCCGCCAGCCAGCCCGCCUCGCUGCUAGGGCGACGGUUGACCGGAGGAGGUUCCGGAGGAGGAGGCAUCACUCGUCCGCCACCUUACCUUGGCUACCUGGCGGGCUACCUGCAGCGACUCAACUUUUCCGCCAUCACCAUCGAUCCGACGCUCGUCGAUGAAGCCGUCCUCGGGUCGGGGCCCACCGCGGCCCCGGUAGGCUGGGAUGAUGACUCCCGGGAGGAUGGGGACAGCGGGCAGCGGAUGAUGGAUGGAGCAGCCGGACUGCACAACUACUGGGCGCUGCUGGCCAUCAUACUGGUGUUCGGUACGGCCGCCGGCAACAUUCUCGUCUGUUUGGCCAUCGUGUGGGAGCGCCGGCUGCAGAACGUCACCAACUACUUCCUGAUGUCGCUCGCCAUCACCGACCUGAUGGUUGCCCUGUCCGUCAUGCCGCUCGGCAUCCUCACGCUCGUCAAAGGUCACUUUCCGCUCGAUUCCGAGUAUUGUCUCGUGUGGAUCUGUCUGGAUGUUCUGUUCUGUACGGCGAGUAUCAUGCAUCUGUGCACCAUUUCGGUCGAUCGGUACCUGUCGCUGCGCUAUCCGAUGAAGUUCGGACGCAACAAGACGAGACGGCGCGUGGUGCUGAAGAUCAGCUUCGUCUGGCUGCUAUCGAUCGCGAUGAGCCUCCCGCUGAGCCUUAUGUACUCGAAGAACCACGCAUCGGUGCUGGUCAACGGAACGUGCCAGAUACCGGACCCGGUCUACAAGCUGGUCGGUUCGAUCGUCUGCUUCUACAUCCCACUGUGCGUGAUGCUGAUCACGUACACGCUCACCGUGCGGUUGCUGGCGCAGCAGAGCGAAAACCUGGGCGGCAUCGGCAGUGGGGGCGGCUGGUCGAGCGGUUGGCUCGGUCAGGCACCACCGUUCGAUCGGCGCAACACCUGGAAGCGGAUCAUCAAGCUGAGCCUUCCACAGACCGCACCGAACAACCAGCACGCACAUUCGGCGGCCUCAACCGAUACGGAGCUUUCUACACUGGAUAAUCACGAUCUGUGGCUGCUAGAGUCCAGCAUCCCCGAACCGAGCUCGAUUACCGUGACCGCUAUGCAGCGGUUUGGCGAAGAGAUGCUCAAGCUGUCCCAGGGCCUGGAGUCGGUGGCCCCGCAUGGCGAUAAUGGUCGCAUGUUGCACGGGGCGACGGGGCGCGACGACGGUAUCACCUUCUGUCGCGAGGCAGAUUCCUGCAGUAGGAAGACGAACUGCGCGAAGGGUGCGGAGGGCACCACCAGUGGGACCGGUGGUGCGGCCGGUACGGGUAUACCGGUGACGCUGGUGUCACGGAAGCGCCGCAGCUCGACCUCCGCCUGGCUCGCGCGCCGCAACUCCGGUACACCGCCACCGGUUCGGUUGGUCCGGAAGCGCUUCAAAAGUCUACCGCACGCGGCCCCGGACACGGACGCGGAGUCGCUCGAGGUGAACGAACGGUUCAUUCACGAUGUGCUAACGGCCCGGGCGAGAAACGAGCGAAAAGCGGAGAGCGGCCACGGUUCGGACAACGACAACGACAGCAGCCGUAGCGGCAGUGUGGUGGUGACGGCCGCGGCGUCGGCGACGGCGACAGGGGAGGUCACCGGACCAACCGGGCUCCGGUUACCGCCACCGUGCAAGUGUCCAUUCUUUGGCGAGGGCGCCACCAACCGGCAACAGUAUCUGCGUCCGGCGGAAAUCAAAAUCGUCAAAACGGCGUCCGCUGCCGACUACGGUACCGGUGGGGCUGCCGGGGUGCUGGGUGUCACCAACGGGGACACCCUCGUCUACAGCACGAUCUCCAUCUCGUCCGGUGGCGGUGGCGGCGGCGGCGCAGGCGCCAGGACCCCAACGACGCGCUCCAUCUCGAGCAGUCUGUCGACGCUACCGGCAUCGGCGUUGGUGUCACCGAGCCGGAAGUGUAGCACCAGCUCGAAGGGCAUCUCGGUGGUAACGUGGGACCAGCGGCGGCAUCAGCGGCGCGGUUCGAGCUUCGGCGGUGCCCGGACCUCCCUCCUGCUGACACCAACCCGCGCUAGCGCCUCCAGCGUGUCGCUGCGACGCUCCGUCAACCUGCGUCACGCGACCGCGUCCGCCCGCGACAGCGUCUCGUCAUCAUCGGCCGUCGGUGCCAUCAUCGGUGGCGUGUCCGGUGGUCCGUCCGGUGGUGGUGGUGGUGGUGGACCACCGAAAAAGAACAGUUCCUCACCCUGCCUCAUCCAGCACCAGACGGCGGCCGCGACUUUAGCGAGCGGUUCCCCAACGCCCGGUGGUGGUGGUCCGGUAGUGUCCAAUCACGUCGUCCGUUCACACCAUUCCCGCAACUCGAGCAUGAUCUCGCGCAACUCCUCCCGCCAUGGGCGCAUCAUACGGCUCGAGCAGAAGGCAACCAAGGUGCUCGGUGUCGUCUUCUUCACCUUCGUCAUCCUGUGGGCACCGUUCUUUGUGCUCAACCUACUGCCGAGCGUGUGCGCUGACUGUGAGGCCAACAUUGACCAGUGGGUGUUCGAGUUUGUUACCUGGCUCGGGUACGCCAGCAGCCUGGUCAAUCCCAUCUUCUACACCAUCUUCAACAAGGCGUUCCGGGAUGCGUUCCGCAAGGUGCUGCUGUGCCGGUACGCCGGCCUGAAGGCGCGCACCUGGCAACCGGCCUCGUCGGCCACCGCGACGGCCGCCGCCGUCGCUACCGCAGCCUCCGCUACCAGCUAGCAUCUGCAGGUGACGUCGUCCCGGUUGGCCAGCAGCGAACCGCUGUA